AUGGGAGGGAAGCUCAAGCUUCCCUUCCCUCCUUUUUGCAUCCUUUUUUCUUCUAUCCCUCUUCCUUUUUCUUUUAUUUUUGCCUCUAUUGAGGUAAUUAUCCUGCUAGAGUUUCUUCUAGCUUCCUCUUCGGAGGUCUAUCUACUUCUGGGUUUCCAACUCAUAAAGAUAUAUUUCCUGCUUUCUUCCUGCGAAUUAUGGCCAUCUGCUCUCCUCUCUGUGCUGUUAGCCGGAGUUGUCAAGGUUUGUAGAUCUACUUUUUUGAAGUUAGAUCUGCUCUCCUUUGCCAGUUUUUGCUCAACAAGCACGUUCCAGCCGAGCUCCCCGGUGUCUUCCGCCUCCGCCAUCGUCACUGGUGUCUCCAUCUGCCGCCUGCUCACUGGCGCGUGGCUUGCACGUGCCAGCGAGUGGAUCUCUCUCACUGGCGCGUGUGGCUCAUGCCCUGCCGCUACCUGUGUUCCUCCUCCACCUCGACUCUCAGUUCUUGUUACGUUAGAUCUAGUUGUUGAGUCUUUUGCUGUUGGGUUUCCUGCUGUAACUGUUCUACUCCAGCAUCUGGUAGUCUUUGUGAAACAACAACCAUCUUCUGGUGGCUGUUGUUUUUACUGGUUGGGGCUCUUUGAGCCCUUUUACCAUUUGAAACCGCUUCGUGCGGCCCCUGGAGAGGCCCGGCUCAUUUGUGAUUCUUCUGGAGUCAUAGAUGAUAACCAUUGUCUACUCUUUAAUAACGAUUACCAUGUCACUUGGGGACGUGAUCACGUCUUACUACUAAACCCAGAAACUCAAGAAACUGAAAUUCAGCUUUCUCUAGACCAAAUUUCAGGGGCUGGAUUUGAGUCCAAGGUGCAUUAUGGAUCGGGCUUCUUUCAUACGAUGAUAAAAUUACCGGAUAAGAACUCCAUUGGAGUUGUUACAGCUUUCUAUCUGUUUUCACAUUUACCACAUCAUGAUGAGCUCGACUAUGAGUUCUUGGGUAAUAAUGGACCACCUUAUACAUUACAGACCAAUGUGUUUGCCAAUGGCCAAGGAGGUCGUGAACAACGGAUUCAACUUUGGUUUGAUCCCACAAAAGACUUCCAUUCUUACAAAAUUCUUUGGAAUCAACAUCAAAUAGUGUUUUAUGUGGAUGACAUCCCUAUCAGAGUGUUUAAGAACAACACAAAAAUUGGAGUAAGUUACCUAUCACAGCCAAUGCAGGUAGAAGGAAGCCUAUGGAAUGGAGAGGGUUGGGCAUCUAAUGGGAGGAAAAUUGAUUGGAGUCAAGCGCCCUUUAAAGCCGACUUUCAGAGAUUCAACGUUGAUGGCUGCGUUCUACAAACACUCGACACUAUGCAAUGUUAUUCUUCAAACUUCUGGUGGAACAGUGAGAAAUAUCAGACUCUAGACGUUAAUGAGCAAAGAGAAUAUGAAAAUGUAAGGAACAAGUACAUGAAUUAUGAUUAUUGUUCUGAUAGGCCAAGGUACCCUCAAACACCACCGGAAUGCCAAAGUAACCAAUAUUAG